AUGAAUCCAGCGGCUACGCGCUCUCCAGGUGCUAUCAGUACAGCAUUAUCCGUGCAGAUCGGUUCUGCUCUAACCAAGGGAGGUCCUGGAAGUUUGUUCCUUGCCUUUACCUACUACUGCACGAUUGUGAUGGCCAUCAAUAAUUGCCUGUCUGAAAUGGUGACAUGGAUCCCUAUAUCCUCCCCCUUUAUUCGUCGACCCUGCCCUUCUGGCAUCAAUUUCUUUGUAUACGAAGCGAUUUUGAUCCCAUUUGAGGUGACAGCCUUUAAUUUAGUGCUACACUUCUGGACAGACAAGAUUCCAGUAGAAGCUACCAUUGCCUUCGUUCUUGUCCUUUAUGUCGCCAUCAACUUCUUUGCCGUAAAGUGGUAUGGAGAAUCCGAAUUCUGGCUUUCAUUGGGCAAAGUUAUCUUAGCCGCCAGUCUAAUCUUCUUCACUUUCAUUACCAUGGUUGGCGGUAAUCCGCUCCACGACGUAUAUGGUUUCUGUAACUGGGACUCUUCCAAGGUCCCUGGUGCCCCCUUCGCCGAGUAUAUUGAGACAGGAUCCCUCGGCCGGUUCCUCGGGUUCCUCACUUGCCUCAUCCAAGCUGCGUUCACCAUGGUCAGCCCAGACUACAUCUCAAUGACCGCCGGCAAAGCAGUGAACCCCCGAUGUGUUCUUCCUAAGGUGUUUAACUCUGUCAUUUAUCGCCUAGCGACAUUCUUCGUGGUCGGCUCCCUCUGUGUUGGCAUCGUCAUACUGUACAACAAUUCCAAUCUCAAAUUAGUGAUAUCUGACGCGAGGCCAGGGGCUGGAUCAAGCCCCUAUGUUAUUGCAAUGGAGAGAUUGCAGAUCCCUGUCCUACCACAUCUCGUGAAUGCCAUGAUCUUGCUCUCGGUGUUCUCGGCCGGGAACACAUGUGUCUAUUGUGCUAGUAGAACUCUAUUUGGGCUAGCGCUAGAGGGGAAGAUGCCAAGGGUAUUGACAAGGUGUACUAAGAGUGGGGUACCGGUGUAUGCUGUGAUGGUAACAAUUGGAAUUGCAUUGCUUUCAUUCCUCCAAGUUUUGAAUGGGACUGUGAAGGUUCUGCAGUGGUUUGUUCAUCAACUUGGUACAGCAUCGCAGCUGCUGAAUUACAUGAUUAUUUCUUACAUGUACAUUCACUUUCAUCAGGCACUGAAAGAGCAAAAUAUUCCUCGUGAAUCCUUACCAAAACGAUCAUUUUGGCAACCUUUUUGCGCAUGGUACGCAUUCAUCGGGACACUCACUGUAGCCCUUAUAAGUGGCUAUGAAGUAUUCCUUCCAGGAAGAUGGGACGUUGCCACUUUCUUCUUUUCAUAUACCAUGAUCAGUGUUCUCCCUAUUCUAUACGUGUUUUGGAAAGUGACAAGACACACGAGAGUGAGUCUCCUCGACCCCAAUCCCCUUUAA